GCGCCCCGAGCGAACUGUUCCCGACCUUCUUUUCCAAUUCCAAGAGCUGAAACCCGAGGUUUUAGAUCGAUGCUAAACCUAAAACCCCAGUUAGAUAGGCCAACCCAUUUCCUGAAGUUCUUCUAGAUCUUUAACUCGUCGUUUCUCCGACAGAAAAAUGUUCAAAAAGUUUUCCUCUGAAGAGGUCUCUGCACAAAAUCAAGUCAAGGCAUCCGUGCAACGCAAAAUUCGACAAAGUAUUGCAGAGGAGUAUCCAGGUCUUGAACCAGUGUUGGACGAUUUGCUUCCGAAGAAGUCUCCUCUCAUUGUUGCUAAAUGUCAAAACCAUUUAAACCUGGUUCUGGUGAACAAUGUGCCACUCUUCUUCAAUGUGCGUGAUGGACCAUACAUGCCUACCCUACGACUCCUUCAUCAAUAUCCAAAUAUAAUGAAGAAGUUACAAGUUGACCGAGGUGCAAUAAAAUUUGUCCUUGCUGGUGCCAACAUAAUGUGUCCUGGUCUUACAUCUCCUGGCGGUGCUUUGGAUGAAGAUGUGGAGGCAGAAACUCCAGUGGCCAUUAUGGCAGAAGGAAAGGAGCAUGCCCUUGCAAUUGGAUUUACAAAAAUGUCAGCAAAAGACAUAAAAGCAAUCAACAAGGGUAUUGGAGUGGACAACAUGCAUUAUCUUAACGAUGGUCUUUGGAAGAUGGAGCGUCUUGAUUGAGGAUGUACUCAAUCCACUGUGGUGCUGUCCAUACAGGAUAAAGAUCUAUGCAAAAUGAAGUGUUCUGUUUUCUGGAUGUUAGUAUCCGGAUAAAGGUAUUAUAUGUAUACCAUUUCCCGUGUUGUUCCUUCUUUUUUGUUGCUGUACACAGUGAAGAAAUCAUUUUUAUCAUAUAGAUCGAUCGGUUAAUGAGUUUUGGUGCAUAUUCCAUGUAACAUUGGUGAAUUUUCUUCUGGUGGUCAUGGGAAAUACUAGAGCUGAAUUGCUUGGAGCUUGUCUCAUUCAAUUCUGAACUUUUUGUGUUUAAACCACAUAAGUUUGAAUGAUUCAAUUUGAUAUCCAUAUUUUUUCUUUUUGA